AGCGGAACUACCAGUCGCUAUGCGCUUACCCCUGUAUGUGAAGUGCUUUUUUGCAUUGAUUGUUACCCUGUGUCGUGCAUUUUUGCGUAGAGAAAAUCGUUGGAAAAAGAUUCUACUUGAAUUGUCAAACGUGUCUGAUAGGGACAGUGAGAGAGAAAUUUAAGAGAAAAUUCAAUUUCUCUACGGCAAUGAGAUGGACGGAAGAGGCGUGAUUAUUUUUAAAUAUAAUGGAUGUAAGUUCACUGGUACCGGCAGGUUUUCAAGCGGGCCAAGUGGAUCUGUGCGAGGUCCAGGCUGGUUACAAUAAAUUCUCCGAAAAUUUGCGAAAAUUCACGCCCCAGGCUAUACAGUGCGCGAUCUUUUGCGGUGGCUCUAGAUGCAAAUAUGAAAACUCGAAAGCGUGGCCACCAGUGCACAUGGCGAUACAGAACAUAUUUUCGCAUUGGGUGACAGACGACGUACUCGCGAUGGCACGGCCGAACACCGCGCAGAUAAUAAAAAAGGACAUAAUCGCACAGUUUCAAGGGUGGAGUAUAAAAACCAUAAUAAACCUACAAACGCCUGGCGAGCAUGCAAGCUGCGGUGGCCCUCUCGAAGAAAGUGGUUUUACUUAUGACCCGAAUGUCUUCAUGAAACAUAGUAUUUACUAUUACAAUUUCGCGUUGAAGGACUACGGGGAUGCGACCAUGAGCAAACUUCUGGAUAUGGUCAAGGUCGUGGCCUUCGCUGUGCAAGAGGGAAGAGUGGCAAUUCAUUGUCAUGCCGGGCUGGGCAGAACUGGGGUUCUGAUCGCGUGCUACCUUAUUUACAGUCUUCGUGUGCGGGCCAACGAUGCCAUACGAUUUGUUCGUAUGAAGCGGCCGUGCGCGAUACAGACGCGAGGACAAAUUCUCUGCAUCCAAGAAUUCGAGCACUUUGUGCUUCCACAGAUGAUAGUUUUCCCUUUGAAUAGCGCAAUAGGCGAUCGUAAGCCUUGCAGCCUGCAAUCGCAUCUGAAAAAGCAGCACAACGUACUACAUGGAUACGAGCAACGUACAUUCAAAUACGUUCCAAAGAUCGUAUUCACAAUUUGUGAACGAAUCCUCGAAUUGUGCGAUUGUCAAGAGGACAAUUCUCCGUGUGAAAUCAAGUACACUAUUUCCAGUACAUGUUUCACGAGAAAAUUUAUAUCUCACGUUUUGGAAAAGUUUAGAGAUAACAAAGGAAAUAUUAAACACUCUUACUCAUGGGCUGACUCGCUCGCCGAUUCUUACGACUGCUCCAGUACGACGAAAGCGUGUGCAAGUGGUAGCCAAGCAUCUUCAAGGGGAACAUCCGAUGAUAUUGGAAGAUUGAGCGACGUAUUUUGUACAUCUCCGGACAGUCCAUCCUACGAUUCAGCUUUUCCAGUGUUGGAUGACAACUACGUGGACGACGUCCUCGGUGAUGGAAUUCACGGUCAGGAUCUCGUAGAUAACGACUGUUACAAAGAAAUUCAAUCUCACAUGAACUUAAAAGCUGCUGCUCAAAAUACAGCUCUGGAAACCGUGAACACCGACGAAGCAAUCAGAGCUCUGAUCAAAGACACCGCCAGUUUAUCUGAUAAGACGAAGAAACGUCUUCAGGGUUAUCAGAUGGAUCUAAAUCAUAGAUCUACGGCGUGGCAGAGGCUUCAGAUGGAAACUGACUUGUAUAUCCUGUCAGGAUUAUUAUUUGAAUGGCUGGAGACAUUGAAACAUCCUUUGCUAGACGUCGAUAGUUUGAGUUAUAUCGUCGUCUGGAAUUCGAAACCUCAAAGAUGCCUGGAAAAAUUGCAUAACCCUAAUCGAUAUUUGUUGGAAUAUCUUCUACGAUUUAUUAGUCGUUUGAGGCCGAUGACAUCUGAGAGUCAAAGCUUGAUAACGAAGAGGUUCAUGGCUGCGCUCACGCAACAGAGUAUAUGGAUCAAGAACUCGUUUUAUCCUUCCAACAGAAAUUUUCCGAAGCUACGACGAGGCACGGCAGCGAAAUUGAACGAAUUUUUCAUUAGGAUGAUGAUCUUGAUAGAGGAAGUAAACACGCAAGAGAUGGAGAAACCAUCGUGGACUUCGAAAUUGGAUUUGGCGUCUAGUCAAUUGGAAGAGAUGGGGACAGAAACAGCGAAUGAAAAAUUUAGUUAGAGCAAGAAUAAAUGAACGAAGAGUGUCGAGGAUCUUGUUUAAGAUGAUCGUAGAAUAGCGUCUAUAGCAGUCGAUUUAUAAUAUUUAUUUUUACAAUGUUCCAUGAUUAAUCGUACAAAGUACUCGAAUAAAGGAAAAUAUUUUAGUAGUAACAAGUA